AUGGAGGAUGACCUUAACCUCCUUCCCAGCAACGGUACUGUUGGCGCCAAAGGAGGAACCGACACAGCCAGAGCUGCUCAUCCUGAAGCGGAUGUAGACCCACUUAUCUCCUCACAAACAUCUCUAACAGAGCCUGACCUACCAUUGAGCUUGCCACCAGAUGAGCACCACCAGAAAGCUGACCAUCCCCCUGGGCCACCAAACGUUCACCCUGCCCCUGACACAGAGGGCAAAGUUGAUUUCCCUACUGAGUCCCUUCCACCCGAUACCAGCCUUGACCUAGGGGCCAAAUCCAAGCCACCCCUGACUGCUAUGGUUACCCCCCAUCAUAUGCACCUUCUGCAUGGUCUCUUGGCACCUGCAGUUCCCGGAGCAAGGGAACCUGUUACCCCCAGUCAGCCCCUAACCAGUUUACAAGCCAUCAGAUUAGUAGGCAUAGCCAUAGGUCAAGCAGCAGUCAUACUUCCAGGUCGCGGAGGUUGAGUAAAACCCAGCACUGCAUUCUUGAUGAAAAGGGAAAGUGAGAUGAGUUGGAAAGGCUGAGGAGACGAAGACAGAAGGACGAAGAAUUGGAUGAGAAAUGUGCAUUGAUCGAUAAGACAGCUAGAGAGGCCCAGAGAGCGUAGGAAGAAGCACAUAGGGAGAGAGAGAGACUUAUUAGACAGACAGAAAUGGAUAGACGUAUCCGUUUCAAGGAGCAGGAGCUAGAGUCAGCCAAGCUCAUUACCAGUUUCACCAUACAGAAUACUGGACCCUCUGACGAUGACUCUGGUAGAUCUGCUCCUAUGCCCUCAUCUCCUCAUGGAGAUGUAGCCGAUUUGUUUUUUUAUGAUCUCCCUUUAUCCAGGAUAGGCACUCCUGCCCCUUUAAGGAUGAUGACCCAGUCAGUUCAAUUCUCGCUACCUCAAGCCUCACCCUCUAUGUCUCAAGCCCCAUUCCCUAUGCCUCAUAUCCAUCCUACCAUUUUGCAGCCAGCUCCGCCAGUUAUGCCCCAAACUCAGCUGCCAAUUCCUCAGCCAGCUCCAAUCAUCAUGCACCCAACUCAGCCACUUACUUCCCAGCCAGCUUGAUAUCUUCAGCCUCAAUCAGCCCAACUCUCCAGGCUACAGACAACUCAGCCUCCCAUGUCCCAUUUAGUGCAGUUCUCCAUGCCUCAAGCAUCACUCCCUGUUCCUCUUUCAGCUCCACUUCCCAUGUCUUCAACCCAGCCAAGCUCAGCCCCUCUUCAGGUCCCCUCUUGGCCCUUAGUCUCAGUGGAUCCACCAAUCCCUGUUCAGGCACCUCCUUUACCCUCCAACCCUUCCACAUUGGUCACGUGGUCCAAUCCCCAAGUGUCGGCCCAAGCCGCCUUUCCCAGUCACCAUGUUUUACCCCAGAUAGGGCCCUCAUCCUUUCCUAG